CCCUUUCUCACGAGCGCUGAAUGGUACGUCCCGGUGAUGCCGAACGUGUCAGACAGUGAAAAAUCCGUGAAGACUUGAAUCUUAACCGUUCAGAAUACGACGCUCACUCCGCGUGCGAAUGCGCGUGUGUAUGCGAGCUGCCGCAUCCCGUUUCGCUCAGCAUCCGCUCUUGCGCGUUUCCCGGUAACCGAGCACCGCGCUCCCGCCGCCUAACCGGAGCCACCGUGUCUCCGUUUGCUCUCUGAAGGAUAAACACAAGGAUUCAGUGCCGGAAUUCACAAAACGACUCUUUCCGCAUAUCCGCCAGAGAUUAAACCAGCAAUCCCGGGAUUUUCCACUGAAUCAUGGUCAGCGUUGAGAAAGUGUGCUUUGAGUGAGUAUUUCGGUUUACUGAUUGUGUACGUGAGAGUGUGUGUGAUAUUGUGAAAGAAAGCAGAGAUGGACGAGAAGCUGUACCAGUCUUUGGCGCGGCCCCACCCCGGCCUGGAGCUCAGUUACUCCAGCUCAUCCGAGGAUGAGGAUGAGGAUGGCACAAACCUUCAUCACAAACACUACAGAGAGCCGCACAUCCGUACAGACUACGAACCUGACCGCAGGUUCACCUACAACAGCCACAAAGUCCGAAGGAAACCCAUGGAGCUGCCAAAGAAAGAUUUUAAGGAGCCCUCCCAGACUGCAUUUCCUGAUUUCCAGACGGAGCUUCACGCAGCCAAUCAGGAGCUUGCAUACCCGGGGGGCGUGUCUGCAGGUGUUGCCUCAGAUCCUGAGUCAGAGGGCGGUGCCUCUCCCGACCACGCCUUGCGGUUGUGGAUGCAGGAAGUCAAGUCAGAACACAGUUCUUGCCUGUCGAGCCGGGCAAACUCGGUUCUGUCCCUCACCGAUACGGAACAGGAGCGCAAGUCUGAACCAGAGAACGAUCUCCCUGCCAGCCCCGUGACCCAGUUCACCUUCCGACCCCUGCCGCCGCCUCCUCCACCGCCCCACGCGUGCACCUGUGCCCGGCCUGCACCGGCUCCCCUUCCAGAGGUGGUGCAGAGGAGCACGUUGCCCGCCCGAUGCCAGCCACUGGACUCCGGAGGUAAAGCUGGUCAGGAUGACAACGGACAGGCGCACAAUACCUGGGCACUGAACAGCAACAUACCACUAGAGACCAGGCACUUCCUGUUCAAACACGGCUCGGGCUCGUCUGCCAUUUUCAACGCAGCCAGUCAAAACUACCCUCUGACAUCCAGCACGGUGUAUUCCCCGCCUCCGCGGCCUCUACCCAGAACCACCCUCUCCAGACCGCUCUUCUCCUUCAGCAAACCGUACCGAUGCUGUAACUGGAAAUGUACGGCUCUGAGUGCCAGCGCAAUUACGCUGACUCUCGCCCUGCUGCUUACCUACAUCAUCGUCGUUCACCUAUUAGGUUUGCCGUGGCAUCUAAAGAGGGUUGAAGGAGAGCUCUAUGAGAAUGGGAUGAGUAAAGAUGAUCAGCCUCUACCAGGAGCAGAUUUCACCUUCACUCCCGUCCACCUGCCGGGAUUCAACACGACGCAGCCAGAUAAAGAGGUGAUUCAGCGAGGCAGGGUGAUAGAGAGAGGAGAGGUGGCCAUCGGAACACAGCUGGUACAGGCAAUUCCUCCUGGACUCUUCUGGAGGUUUCACAUCACGGUUCACCACCCUGAGUAUGUCAAGUUCAACAUCUCGCUCACACGGGACGCCCUGCUGGGCAUCUAUGGCAGGAGGAAUAUACCACCUACUCACACGCAGUUUGACUUUGUGAAGUUACUGGACGGGAGACAGCUGAUAAAGCAAGAUUCCCGGACUGCCAAAAUCCCGAACCCUCCACCACGUAGUCUGCUCAUGUCUGCCCUGCAGGAGACGGGCUUUGUGGAAUACCUAGACGUUGGCACCUGGUACCUGGCCUUCUACAAUGACGGCCGCAAGAUGGAACAGGUGGUGGUGUACAGCACCCCCAUAGAAACAUUAGACGGUUGUUCCACUAACUGUAAUGGGAAUGGAGAGUGUGUCGCCGGACACUGUCAUUGUUUCACCGGCUUCCUGGGCCCAGAUUGUUCCAAAGACUCUUGUCCAGUACUGUGUAGUGGUAAUGGAGAUUAUGAGAAAGGCGUAUGCGUGUGUCACACUGGCUGGAAGGGGGCGGAGUGUGAGGUGGAGGAAGGCCAGUGUAUCGAUCCCACCUGUUCCAACAACGGAGAAUGUGUCAGCGGAGUCUGUGUUUGUGCUCCUGCGUUCAAGGGUGAUAACUGUGAGCAAGUGGAUUGCGUAGACCCGUUGUGCUCAGGUCGAGGUGUGUGUGUGCGCGGCGAGUGUGUGUGUUCCGCAGGCUGGGGAGGUGAGAGCUGCGAGACGCCACUUCCUGCCUGUAAAGAACAAUGUUCAGGUCACGGGUCUUACCAACCUCAGACAGGGGUGUGCGUGUGUGAAAAGGGCUGGUCCGGCGAUGACUGCUCUGUGGAGACGUGCCCUGUCCCCUGCAGUGCCCACAGCGUCUGCGUUGCUGGGCGGUGCCAGUGCGAGGAUGGGUGGGAGGGGCCCACUUGUGACAGACAGGCAUGCCAUCCAAUCUGUGAAGAGCAUGGAGAGUGCAGGGAUGGGCAGUGUGUCUGUCAGCCGGGUUGGGAGGGAGAACACUGCACUAUUGCUGCACAUUACCUGGAUCUCUUCGAUAAAGACGCUUGCCCAGGUCUGUGUAACGGAAAUGGACGCUGUACGCUGGAGCAGAGCGGUUGGCAUUGUGUGUGCCAGGCAGGAUGGAGCGGGCCAGGCUGUAACAUCGUCAUGGAAACCGAGUGCAAUGACAGUAAAGAUAAUGACAACGACGGUCUCAUGGACUGUGUCGACCCGGACUGUUGCGGUCAGCAGGUGUGUGUGAGCGCCCCGCUGUGCCAAGGGUCACCUGACCCCCGUGACAUCAUUCAGCAGAGCCCUGCCACUUUCGAGCCACGCCCUUUGCGUCAGUUCUUUGACCGCGUGCGGUUCCUUAUUGGACUGGACUGCACACAUAUACUGCCAGGAGACUUGCCUUUUGAUAGCAGUCGAGUGUGUGUAAUUCGAGGUCAGGUUUUGGCCUCCGACGGAACUCCUCUAGUCGGCGUGAACGUCACGUUCCAGCAUAACCCUGAAUAUGGAUACACGCUUAGCCGACAGGACGGCAGCUUCGAUCUUCUGGCAGUGGGCGGAAUCUCUGUCACUCUAUUGUUCCAGCGAGCCCCAUUUUUGUCCCAGAUUCGAUCUGUCUGGCUUCCCUGGAACCAGUUCAUCGUCCUGGACCGUGUGUUUAUGGAACGAACUGAAUCCAAACUGCCUGUCUGUGACCUGAAAAACCUGAUUAGCCCACACGCCAUCGUUCUCUCUGCCCCUCUGCCGCGAUUCGCCGCUGACUGCGAAGACAGAGGGAGUGUCGUACCUGAGUUACAGGCGGUCCAAGAGGAAGUGGUUAUCCCCGGUACAAUUCUGAAGUUAAGCUACCUCUCUUCCAGAGCUCCGGGCUAUCGCUCUCUCCUGAGGGUGGUUCUGACCCACUCCACCCUCCCGCCGGGCCUGGCCAAAGUCCAUCUGUCCGUGGCAGUCCAGGGUCGACAGCUUCUCAAAUCAUUUCCUGCAGCUCCAAAUCUCAUAUAUGUUUUCUCCUGGAAUAAAACUGACAUCUAUGGACAGCAGGUCACAGGGCUGGUGCAGACACAGGUCUCUGUCGGAUACGAAUAUGAAUCCUGUCCAGACGUUGUGCUUUGGGAGAAGAGAGCCGCUCAGCUGCAGGGCUUUGAGCUGAUGCCCUCCAACCUGGGGGGAUGGACACUGAAUCAACACCACAUCCUUAACCUGGAGAGUGGUAUCCUUCAUAAAGGUAAUGGAGAGAAUGUGUUUAUUUCCCAGCAGCCCCUUGUCAUCUCAACAGUGAUGGGCACAGGGGCGGUCCGUGCGAUCCCGUGUCCAAACUGUAACGGCCCGGCCGCCGAGCAGAAAUUGUUUGCACCUAUCGCUCUUGCCUGUGGUUCUGAUGGAAGCGUGUACGUUGGCGAUUUUAACUACAUCCGCAGGAUUCUGUCCAACGGAUUCACCAUCAGCAUCUUAGAGCUCAGAAAUCGUGACAUAAGACACAGCUCCAGUCCUGCUCAUAAGUAUUACCUGUCUAUGGAUCCCAUGCGCGAGUCGCUCUACCUGUCGGACACCGGCAGCGGGAAGCUGUACCGCCUUAAGACUCUGACUGAGCCCAAGGAUCUCAGCAAGAACGUGGAGGUGGUGGCUGGCAGCGGGGAGCAGUGCACACCCUUCCAUCCGAACCAGUGUGGAGACGGAGGCAAAGCCACCGAAGCGGCUCUCAGCAACCCGAGGGGUAUCGCGGUGGACAAGCACGGGUUCAUUUACUUUGUUGACGGAUCAACGAUCCGUAAGAUUGAUGACAAAGGAGUGAUAACAACCAUUAUUGGGUCAAACGGACUCACCCCCUCCCAGCCAAUCAGCUGUGACUCCAGAAUGGACAUUAGCCAGGUGCGUUUAGAAUGGCCCACCGAUCUGGCAGUGAGUCCAUUAGAUAACUCUCUCUACGUGCUCGAUAACAACCUGGUGCUUCAGGUCAGCGAGUCCCAGCAGGUGCGCGUGGUUGCCGGGCGACCCAUCCACUGCCCCAUGGCCAGUAUCGAGCCAGUGCUUCUGGGAAAAGCAGCGGUACGUUCCGUGCUGGAGGGGGCAAAGGCGAUCGCCGUCAGCCAACAAGGGACGCUGUACAUUGCCGAAACUGACGACAGGAAGCACAGCCGCGUACAGGAAGUGUCCACGAAUGGAGAAAUGGUUGUAAUCGCGGGGGCCACCAGUGAAUGUGAUUGUAAGAUUGACCCCAGCUGCGAGUGUUUCUCAGGUGAUGGAGGUUACGCUCGCGAUGCCAAGCUAAAGUCUCCCUCCUCUCUUGUCGUUUCUCCUAACGGCUCCCUAUAUAUCGCCGACCUCGGGAACGUGCGCAUUCGCCGGCUCGCUGCUAACCAUCCGCAGCUGUCUCCCGAGGGUCUGUACGAGCUCACUUCGGUAGCAGACCAGGAGCUCUACUUGUUCAGUCCGAACGGUACUCACCUCUUCACCCGCAGCCUGGUGACGGGGGACUACCUGCUUAACUUUACGUACACCCCCGAGGGCCACCUGAGCAGUAUUGCUAACAGGGAGGGCACGAUAGCGCAGUUACGGCGGGAUGCUAAUGGCGUUCCCCUGUGGCUGGUAGCCCCGGGCGGGCAGGUGUACUGGCUGACCAUUAGCAAUGCAGGAAUGCUGAAACGCAUCUCUGCCCUGGCGCACGACCUGGCGCAGAUCAGUUACUACGGCAACACGGGACUGCUCGCCACCAUCAGCAAUGAAAACGGCUGGACCACUGUCUACGAGUAUAACUCUGACGGGCAUCUCAUCAACAUGACCUUGCCGACUGGAGAGGUCAGCAGUUUCCAUGGUAACAUGGAGAAAGCUGUCAAAGUGGAAGCCACCGCUUCGAACAGAGAAAACUUUAUUAUAACCACAAACCAUUCUGCGGAUAACACCGUCUACACACUUCGACAAGCUCAUUCUGUAAGUGUGUAUGGCGUCAGAGAUGACGGAUCUCUGUGGGCGACGUAUGCCAGUGGAAUGGACGUGACUCUCAGCACUGAACCCACCGUGUCAUCAGGGCUGUUGCCGGGGGCAUUGUCAGGUCUGGUCCAUCCCACGGUCGGAAGGUGCAACAUCACAUUGCCGGGGGAACCGGCUCACAGCUUGAUAGAGUGGAGACAGAGACGCGAGCAGGCCAAAGGAAAUCACACGGCUUAUGAACGCCGACUGAGGGCUCACAACAGGAACGUGUUGUCUAUAGACUACAGUCAGGAAAGUCGAGUGGGGAAGAUAUAUGACGACCAUCGGAAGUUCACCUUGCGUGUGCAGUACGAUGACCAGGGCAGGCCGGUGCUCUGGACACCCAGUAAAUAUAAUCAAGUGCGAGUGUCGUAUUCCAACGAUGGCCUGGUCACCGGCAUACAGAGAGGCAACUGGACCGAGCGCAGAGAUUACGAUAAUGGACGCAUCAUCACCCGCACCUGGGCCAAUGGGAAGAUCUGGAGCUACACCUUUCUGGAGAAGUCUGUGCAGCUGUUGUUACACAGUCAGCGUCGCUACACGUUUGAGUACGAUCAGACAGACUGCCUGCUGUCUGUCACCCUCCCCAGCAUGGUGAGACACAGCCUUCAGACCUCUCUGUCUGUAGGCUACUACCGGAACACCUACACGCCGCCCGACUCGCCCACCUCCAGCUUCACGCAGGAUUAUGCCCACGAUGGGCGUCUGCUGCAGAGUCUGUACCUGGGCACGGGAAGGCGUGUGAUCUACAAAUACAGUCGAGUGGCCCGGCUGGCUGAGAUCCUGUAUGACUCAACACUCAUUACUUUCACCUAUGAUGAGGCAACAGGUGCUGUGAAAACCAUUCACCUGAUGCACGAAGGAUUCGUCUGCACCAUUCGCUACAGACAGACAGGUCCUCUGGUGAGCAGACAAAUAUAUCGCUUCAGCGAGGAAGGAUUGGUUAACGCUCGCUUCGACUACAGCUAUAACAACUUCAGAGUCACCAGCAUGCAAGCUAUGAUCAACGAAACGCCGCUGCCCAUCGACCUCUACCGCUACGUGGACGUGUCGGGACGCAUCGAGCAGUUUGGGAAAUUCAGCGUCAUCAAUUAUGAUCUCAACCAGGUUAUCACUACUCAUGCCAUGAAACACACAAAGAUCUUCAACCCUAAUGGACAGGUGAUCGAAGUUCAGUACGAGAUUCUGAAAGCCAUCGCUUACUGGAUGACGCUGCAGUAUGACAGUAUGGGACGUGUCACCAACUGCGAUAUUCGAAUUGGCCAGGACAACAACAUCACAAGGUACGCAUAUGAGUAUGACGCAGACGGACAGUUGCAAACGGUCGCCAUAAAUGACCGGCCACAGUGGCGCUACAGUUACGACCUCAACGGAAACAUAAACUUGUUGAGUCACGGUAACAGCGCACGCUUGACACCGCUACGCUACGAUCUACGCGACCGUAUAACACGCCUUGGAGAGAUCCAAUACCGGACCGAUGAGGAUGGAUUCUUGCGUCUCCGUGGCAAUCUGCUCUUUGAUUACGGUUCAAAUGGACUGCUUUUGGGCGCCUAUGACCGAGACAGCGGACAGAAGGUUUGGUAUCGCUACGACGGGCUCGGGAGGAGAGUCGCGAGCCACACUAGCGACGGGGCACAGCUGCAGUUUUUCUACGCUGAUCUGAUGGAACCAACGCGAGUGACGCAUUUGUACAACCACAGCAGCUCAGAGAUCACUUCCCUCUAUUACGACCUUCAGGGUCACCUCAUCGCCAUGGAGAUGAGCAGCGGAGAGGAAUUCUACAUAGCCUGUGACAACGCCGGAACACCUCUAGCGGUUUUCAGCAGUCGGGGUCACGUGGUGAAAGAACUGUGGUACACGCCGUACGGAGAUGUUUACAGAGAUUCAAACCCCACGUUUCCUAUCGUCUUCGGGUUUCAAGGUGGUCUCUAUGACUCUUUCACACGGUUGGUGCACAUCGGUCGCCGCGACUAUGAUGUGGUGGCCGGAAGAUGGACGACGCCCAAUCACGAAUUGUGGGCGGAGCUGAGUGUAAAUCCCAAGCCGUUUAAUUUGUACGCAUUUAAGAACAACUAUCCGGUGGGAGACCUACAGGAUGUGACCAAGUUUACAACAGAUAUCAGUAGCUGGCUGCAGCUCUUUGGGUUCCAGCUUCAUAACGUGGUUCCAGGGUUUCCCAAACCAAAGGUGGAGAACACAGAGCAAACCUACGAGAUGAUGGCUACGCAGCUUCGCACACAGACCUGGGACACCAGCAAGAUUGUCCUUGGCAUUCAGUGUGAUCUUCAAAAGCAUUUGAAAAACUUCAUCUCAUUAGAUCGCCUCCCCAUGACACCAGCCAACGGCAAAAUUGGAGGCCAGCAGGGGCGUAGGCCUAUAUUCUCCGCCCUAUCCUCCAUUUUCGGAAAAGGCGUGAAAUUCGCUAUCCGUGACGGCGUGGCGGCGACCGAGAUCAUCGGGGUGGCAAGCGAGGACAGUCGUCGGAUUGCGGCCGUUCUGAACGGCGCCGUGUACCUGAGAGGCCUUCAUUUCACAGUGGGAGGGCGUGACACUCACUAUUUCACCAAGGCGGGUCCACUGGAGGCAGACCUGGGCGUGGCAGGAGGUGGAGCUGGAGGCGGAGUCAGAGUAUUGGAGAAUGGCGUAAAUGUUUCGGUGUCCCAAAUCAGCGCUAUGGUCGGCGGGGAAAUGCGCCGUUUUGCCGACAUCAUGCUCCAGCAGGGGGCGCUUAGCUUUAAUAUUCGUUACGGAGCAUCGCCGGAAGAAGAACGCACGAGGGUGUUAGAGGCAGCACGAAUAAGAGCUGUGCAGGGGACGUGGCUACGGGAACAGAAGAAGGUCCUGGAAGGGGAGGGCGGAAGUUUGGUUUGGACCGAGAAAGAAAAGGAUGAGCUCAUCGCAGAGGGGCGUGUCUCAGGGUACGACGGGUUCUAUGCUCUACCCAUCGAACAACAUCCCGAGCUAGCAGACAGCCCCUUCAAUAUUCACCUGAUCAGACAUGUGGAAACAGGUCGCAGUGGCUUAACCGUUCUUGCCAACCAGAGGGCAUGGAGAACAAUCCACCCAUGACUUUUCUAGACACACACGCAGCCACGCCUGGCUCUCUCACUUUAUCGUGUACAGUCAUCGUUUGACUUUAGGGGAACAUCAAGUCGAAGUAACCUGAGGGUGAUUUCAUUGGUUAAGUGUUUCUCGCCGAAUUUUCACAGUCCGUUCGCGUUCCAGGAUUUACCCGUAGACAGCUUUCAGGAUCUGAACGGUUCAAAUGACCUUCCAGGAUCCGAACAUUUCCGCAGACCUCUGGAACUGUCAACGUCAAACAGCUUUCCUGAGUCUCCCGGUUCGGUACGCACCAGUCUGCCUCUGUGUCUCUGACUUUGCUGUAACGAAACUGAACUCCUGGGAGAGAUUCGCAGUGUUUGGGAGUCUUGGCAAGAGCUCACCGCCAUCUUGUGUUGUUUAUGCUUAAUCAGUGUUAAAGAAGCUGAGAGAAUUAGGCCGUUCGACGCCGCUGCUGUGGAAACAGAUUCGUUCUUUUUGCUAAAACUGUACAGUUACCUUUUUUCAAAUGUAGAAAAAAAUCUUAUGUAUGUGGAAAUUGUGCCUUCCUGGUCUGCUAGAAACGAUCACAUGAAAUGGGCUUAGACAUAUCGUACAUACUCGACCUGUGUUUCUGUAUUAGUCACUUGCCUUAGGUUCAUGCAACUAUCUAUUUUGAUUUUAUUUAUUGUUUUUCGGUGGGUGGGGAUCGGCUAGCAGGAGCCAAAAACGUGAAUGCUAAUGUGCGAAGUGAAUUCUUGUAAACAUACUCCAGGAUACAAACACACAAUGACAUAAACAUGUCCCAGUUUACAGUCAAUAUGCUGCUCCUGUUGUUUAUUUAUUCUCAUGUGAUUUAUCGUUUGUUUUGCUGAAACCCACAUCAUGCCAUUUGGUUUCACAAUGAGUGUCAAAGCUAGCAAGUUUUGGAUUCGUUUUCCAGUACGUUGAGAGGUCAUUUUCCCGGUUUCUGAUCCCUGUUGAAACUAGCAGAAGACCUGAGGAGGAAGAUGCGUAGGGAAAUGAAAGGAUCGCCUGCUGAAGAGCGUUAUUUUUGUGUUAGUCUUGGAGUUGGGUCUUUUCCAAAUCUAUUAAAAGUCUGCAGCACUGUGGGUAGACGUUCUGUGUGUAGGACACUCGAUAUGGACUUCUGUAUAUCAUUAAUGGACUACUGUAGACUGUUUAUAGAUAAUGGACUAUUUAUACAUGAAACUCAAGAGAAUUAGGACUAAAUGUAUUUUCUUGUGAAUUCUGUGGAUAUGCUGUACCAUCAAGCUUUGUAACCUUAAUAUGAGAUAUAUAUUUGCACUGAAAAGAGGUAAAUGCAUUAGACUGAAUUUUUAGGACGUGCAAAUAUUUAACGGAUUUGCGUGAGAGGUGCUCCCAAGGCACAAUAUGUUUCAGACGUUUUGCAAAUGAUCAAUACAAGUACGAUUACGUUGCACGAAGAAAAAAAAAUGUGGUGGGAAAUACUUGUUUUUUUCUCUUAGUUUGCAUCUUUGUCAUAAUCACCAUCAUUGAUGAACUGACAAAGUAACGUUUGGUUAAUGAUCAAAUUCUCUCACAAAAGUACUAAAGAAGUUCAAUGUCCUCACUUUGGCCAAACACGUUCCUGUGGUGUAUAUUUGGCUGAUGGGCUUUAUGUACACAGAUUAAUGCCGUUUGUAAAACAUGCCUAUUUAAAAACAAAGUAAUUUGGGCUGUGGCCUUUUUAUGAAUAAAAAUGCAAAUGUAAC